AAUAUUCCAAUUCCAAAAACAAGUAUUUGAAUCCAAGUUUGUCUCUUUCACUCUCACCGCCGCUACCAUUGCCGCGGCCGCCGCCACACGACGGCGCGACCACUGCUCUUAGCGACUUUCGACAUCUUAUUUGAUCAAGUUUUGACUUUAUUCAAUCGUGAGACCAAUCAAUGUUGUCUGUUCUGAUUUUUCAAAGCUUGGUCGAAGCUCAUGGAAAGUGUGAAUAUGAAUGAAUUUCUUCUUAUUCUUCUUCUAACGACUGUGGCGAAUGAGACCUCUUCUUCAUUCAAGUUCGAGGCUUCAGCAUCGUUGCUCAGUGAAGGACCUCCGUACAUGUAUCGCCUUGUUACAAGCUAGUGCCAAUGAGAAGAAUCUCAUUAGAGGUAAGCAAGUUCACUCCUACAUGCUCACCAAUGGCUUCCUUAACUCUCCUCCUUCGAUUACUAGUGUUAUUAAUAUGUACUCCAAGUGUCAAAGAAUGAAUGACGCUGUUUCUGUCUUCAACCACCCGAGUGACGAAGACCGUAAUGUUUUUGCAUUCAACGCUGUGAUUGCUGGAUUUAUUGCCAAUGAGAGGUCGAGAGAUGGGUUGGAGUUUUACAGAAGAAUGCGUGAGGUGGGUGUUGUUGUUCCUGAUAAGUACACUUUUCCUUGUGUUAUUAGAGCUUGUUGUGAUUUAAUGGAGGUUAGGAAGAUUCAUGGGUUGUUGUUUAAACUUGGGUUGGAGUUGGAUAUCUUUGUUGGUAGUGCUUUGGUUAAUACGUACUUGAAAUUUGGGCUGAUGGAAGAUGCACAAGAAGUGUUUGUGGGAAUGCCUGAGAAGGAUGUGGUGUCGUGGAAUGCCAUGGUUAAUGGGUAUGCCCAGAUCGGGUGUUUCGACGAGGCCUUGGAGAUUUUCAGGAUUAUGAGUAAAGAAGGUGUUGUGCCAAGCAAUUAUACAGUUACAGGGGUCUUGUCGAUUUUCGCAGUGACCGGAGAUAUCUACAAUGGGAGAGCUGUUCAUGGAUUUGUGGUGAAGAUGGGGUAUGACUCGGGUGUUACAGUUUUAAAUGCUUUAAUUGAUGUUUAUGGAAAAUGCAAGUGCACUAAAGAUGCAUUGGAUAUUUUUGAGAUGAUGGAUGAGAAGGAUAUAUUCUCAUGGAACUCAAUUAUAUCUGUUCAUGAACAAUGUGGUGAUCAUGAUGGCACACUCAGGCUUUUCGACCAGAUGUUAAGAGUAGGAGUUUUGCCUGAUCUGGUCACCAUAACUACAGUUCUUCCAGCUUGCUCUAAUCUAGCUGCAUUAAUGCAUGGUAGAGAGAUUCAUGGAUACAUGAUUCGCAAGUCUUUGGGAAACAAUGGUGAUCAACACAAUGGUAUUGAUGAUGUUUUGAUAAACAAUGCUCUGAUGGACAUGUAUGCAAAAUGUGGGAGCAUGAGAAUUGCUCUUAAGAUUUUCGAUAAGAUGAGCAAUAAAGAUACAGCAUCUUGGAAUAUCAUGAUAAUGGGCUAUGGCAUGCAUGGCAAUGGCAACGAGGCACUAAACAUGUUUGCUCGAAUGUGUGAGGCAAAUUUCAAGCCUGAUGAGGUCACACUUGUUGGAGUUUUAUCAGCCUGCAAUCAUGCAGGUCUGCUAACACAAGGGCGCGAGUUUUUCACUCGAAUGACGACGAAAUACAGCGUGGCUCCAACCAUCGAGCACUAUACUUGUGUAGUUGACAUGCUUGGUAGAGCUGGCAAGCUUAAGGAGGCUUAUGAAAUAGUAGUGACAAUGCCGAUAGAGGCCAACCCCGUUGUGUGGAGAGCCUUAUUGGCAGCGUGUCGGCUCCAUGGUGAUGCAGACCUUGCCAGGAUUGCUGCACAACGAGUGAUUGAGCUUGAACCAGGGCAUUGUGGUAGUUAUGUUUUGAUAUCCAAUAUUUAUGGAGUAGAUGGUCAGUAUGAAGAGGUAUCAGAAGUUAGACAAACAAUGAGACAACAAAAUGUGAAGAAAACACCAGGUUGUAGUUGGAUUGAGCUCAAGGAUGGUGUACAUACUUUUGUUACAGGUGAUAGGGGCCAUCCUGGUGCCCAUUUAAUUUAUGCUGAAUUGAAUUCAUUAACUGCUCGUCUUUGUGAUCAUGGAUAUGUGCCCCAUAUCUAGAUCUGUUGUUUUUGAAAUGUGAACAAAAGAAACGGUUUUUCAUAUGAGUAAUAAUAUGUGCACUUAAAAUA